AUGACCCGCCAUUUUGGGCCUAUUUUUGCUUGCACUUUCGGCAGCGCUUUAGUGCACUGUAUCUAUUCUGCUGAUUCCCGACAACUGAGUGUGCGCGCUGCCUUUCCAUCACUGUGGGCUAUGGAGUACCGAGGCUUUGGCAGUUUGCGUCGCAGUGCAAGGGUUGGACGACUUCCCGCCAGAUAUUCUCACAGUGCCACUGCAGGAACAACGCCAUCUCAUUUUCCUCUAUCUGCUUCUAACAAGCGGAAGCGCACUUACUCUACAUCUAAAGAACGAUCUACGGGCAGGGCCUCCAAACGUUCACAUAUCAUUCAAGCUGAUACCCCAACCACCAAGUAUUCGCCUCAUGCAGACCGUAAUAAUACAUCUUCUGCUUCCGCACGAUCUCAACGGUAUCAGCGUCGUCACCCCAGCGUCUUCAACGUAGCAGUUUCAGAGACGGACACCUCACAGGCCAUCGCAUCCACAUCCUAUCUUCCACCACUUGUCGUAAAUAGCCCGAUUGACUCAACGCAACGGCGAACUCGAAGGAAGGAAAACUUUCUCGGAGAGAGGAUUAUCACAGGUUCUCGAGGCUCGACGUGGGACUCGGUGAAACGACCUGCGGAUACAUCUCCUUCCGUCCACACACCUCGGACUUCCACUCUGAAGGGUAAAGAACGAAAUCCCGGUCCAUCCUCUGUUGCUUAUGACAAUGCUUCUCUAUCAUCCUGUCCCAACUUCAGUAUGGGAAAAUCCAAUCAAGUCGCUGACGAUGACUCACCGGAACCCUUGCGGAGCAAACUUACUCCGCCUCCACAGAAAACUACAGAACUCCCUGUAUCUAUUGGCGCUGAUAACGAAGCGACACAGUCGGUCAUGAAAUCACAGAGUCCUUCACCACUUCGUCGGUUGCGCAGCCUAGCCCAGACCACAGCGAAAGCAUCGUUGACGAAGCGAACGAGAGCUUCAAGUACCGGAGUGCCAACAGGCAAGAAGAAGCCAGAUGUCGUUGAGAUAGAAGGUGAUAUCCAGGACGAAGAAGACUCCGAUGCAUCAACCCCUUCCGAGGAUGUGGAAGCCGUGACCACUAUUCCAUCGGAACCAACGAUCCCCAAAGCUGCAACUCUUCCCUAUCCAAUGUCUCUUCCGAAUCCGAUUCCCACAUUAACUGUGACCCCCCCCUAUCCCGCCAAACUCACCUCCUCCGGUAUCCACCUCAGACCCCAUCCCGUACAAUCAUUGUUCUGUUCCUUCUAUCGAAGGUCCAAAAAAGCCAGUCAAAACAUAGGCUGGAAUUGGCCUACCGGAACACAACUAGUCGUACCAGUCAAAUCUUGUGCUUGGGAGGACGCAUUAUCAUCCGCACAAUCUGAAGCAUCUUCCUCUCCAGAUGACGCCCAGCGUGGUCGCAAAGCUAUUCGAAGCCCGCGAGCAAGACGCCCUAGACAAAAGCCUCGUCAAGUUGCCCGGGUCACUGAAAGGCCCUCCGAAACACUUCUCACGCUUGCCUGUCGUGAGAGAUCAUUGAAAUCUAUCGCCAACAGAAGAUAUUACUAUAUGGAACAACUUAAGGACUACGAGGCGGACCAGGCGUUCCAGUUCUUCACUCGUGUUUCUGCUUCCCCAAGAUUCGACUCUAGUGGGGUGUCUUCAUUCACAUCCGACGCUUCAGUAGUUGCACCUUCACGGCCCCAGUCUCCCACCUGGAGCAUCGCAUUACACUGGGAGGUUCGCUUGCAAGAUGCUGGCGAAUGGGAUGGGCAUAUACAUGCUAUGCAUCCUGUAUCUCUUCUGACUUCAUCCUCCGUGCUACCUCCCUCCAUACUUGAAUCUCGCAACGCCAAUCAAGAUGUGUCUGAUCGGGAGUUGGACUUCAGAACAGAGGACUGCUUUCCAUUUGAGUUGGCUGAAAGCGAUGAAGAAGAAGAAGAGCAUGCAGAACAGCCUUCAUUGUCCGACCCUCCCAGUGAUUUGGAACCUAGCACCGGAGCGAACAUCGAGGAAGAACAUGAGGACACAGAAAAUGACGAAACGGAUGAAAGCGAAGACCCUUCUUCUGUGCAUGCGUCUACUGCUGUACUCCGUGCUGAGAUCCUGCGGAAGUUGGGUUCAAUAGGACAUGGCACUCCUAUCAACCCAAAUAGACGAAGGAAUUUGAUCGUUUGGCUUGAGGAUCUGAAAGCUGUCAACAAUGCCCAUGCCAUAUCAGAAAAAGUGUUCGUGCAGCAUGGCCCUGAGCGACUGCGUCCAGUAGGCUCUUCCGCGUGGUAUGCUAUGCACUUUCCGUCAACGCUUUCCUCCCAACCUGUACUCAAAUCGACUGCUGUCAAGCCCGAUGCUUUCAUAACGUCGACAGGUCCUACUGCAUCGUCACCACCAGCACUUUUGGCUGGAGCCCAGCAACAACAGCUGGAAGCGCAAACUCUGACUGUUCAUUUGACUCUUGUGCCUCCAAAUUCCAUUGCGAUCAAGAAGGAGGCGUAUGUAGGAUGGACUGGCAUGGCUUCUGCGUCGUCUCUGGCCCAAUUUAACGUCUCGGACCUCACGGAAAAAGGUCUUGAAACAAUCGAGAUUGACCCACAGUACUCACAGAGCUUGGGAUUUGCUCACGGAGAUAUUGUUGAAAUUGGCUUACUUCAUGACAUGGCUUUUGCAAAGUCUGUGGCGACCGAACCUUUGACCUCAGACGAUUGGGAGAUUAUUGAAAUCCAUGCAUCUCACGUAGAAUCUUCUCUUCUCUCUCUCAAGUCCGCGUAG